AUGCUGGCGUUCGCAGCGGUGGCGGCGGAAGGGCGGCGGCUGGAGGAGAAGGCUGCGGCGGGGUUGGCGGAUUGCUGGGGAGCGCUUGUGGAGAUCAAGUCCUGCUCCGGCGAGCUGUUCCAGUACUUCUUUAGCGACGGCCGGGUGGACAUCAUUAGCGACGGGUGUUGCCGGGCCGUGUCCAUAAUCACUCACAGCUGCUGGCCCGCGAUGCUUGACUCUGUGGGCUUCACGGCCCAGCAAGCCCACUUGCUGAGAGGGUACUGCGACGCGGCUCUUGCUGACGGUGGCCGUUAUGCUCCGGCACCGGCGCCGGUUAGUAGUCGUAUUCCAGUUGUUUAA